GACACCCACCCGGCCUCAGCCGGCCCCUCGUCGCGCGCCACGGACGUGGAGGCGGCGGCGGGCGGAGCCGGAGCCGGGCCCGGCCCGGAGGGACGCGAGCUCUGCCGCCGUGGGGGAGCCUGCUCCGCCGCUCGGUAGCGGCCGGAGGGAGGGGAAGGCUCGCUCGGCCGUCGCGGUGCCGGGGCCUUUGCGCCGGGCUCGCUGCUCAAGGGCUGCGUCGAGCCCGAGCCGGCUGUGCGCGGGCUGCCGCAGCCGCGGGGCCGCGCUCCCGGCGCCGCUGGGGCCUCCUGCGGGGAGGGAGGCAGGCCCGGCCCGGUCCGGCGGUCCCCGUGAGCGGGGUAAGCAGAAAAGCCCCAUCUCCUCCGUCAGCAUCUUUGUUUGUUGGGCCUUGCCACGGGGAAGAGGAGCGGCGAGACCCGGGCGGCGAACUGCUGGUAUCUCCGUCUCUCUUCGGGGCCUUCCUCCGCCUGUGCUUACCGGGAGCUGCCUCCGUUCUUGCGCGGGUUUCUUUUCACUUUUCUCGGCUGGAUAUCUCGGUUCCAGAGCAUCAUCGGUGGGACCAGCUGGGGCGAAAGCGUGUGGACUAACACAGAGGAAACAACAGGUCUCUUUUCUCGCCUUCUAAAGCGAUACCAGCGCCUUGCUCUUGGAAUUAUAAAUGUUUGAACUAAGACCCAGGAAACUGGAAGGAGAGCCUCCCGUUGGAAUUAAUAGAAGAGAAAAGAAGGGAGGCUUUUCCAAAUCCUUUACAAGAAAACUCGUGCCGUUUUCCCAUGCUGUCAGGACUCUUUUAAAUAAUGCGAUUGUGACCCGAGUGGAAUUUAUGAGCGAUGAACUAUUGAAGCUUGUUGCACCACUGCAUAGACUUUUUUUUUUUUUCUCAGCACAUGAUUCCCCCAUCCCAGCUGUUGCAGGACCUACGGGCCAGUAAUAGAGGGAUGGGAAGCUGAGACAGUUUGUUUUCACAUUCUUCUGUGCCGGGGACUUGGCUAGUUAGCUGAAGCUGCUGCUGUUUUUUACUGGAUCUGCUUUUUUCUUGGCAGGUUUAUUUGUUUUCGCGUGCACGGGGUAUUUCAAUUAAAUAGACUUUGGACUGGAGCUGAAUGGAUGCUUUGCAAUCUCAAAGGUUUUUGGAGGUAACAAAAAACUGCUAAAAAGGAGAGAAGAACUGGUACUGCAGGAAACCUGGGGCCUGUUCUCCAAGGCUUUUUAUUUCACUGAGCAAGAUGAUGUGUGAGGUGAUGCCAACCAUCAGUGAGGCAGAGAUUCCCUCUGGGGGAAAUGGAGGCCAUGGUUCAGGUUCCCCGUUACAGUCAGAUGCUGAUUCCCAUUUUGAGCAGUUAAUGGUAUCCAUGUUGGAAGAAAGGGAUCGCCUUCUGGAAACCCUAAGAGAAACUCAGGAGACGCUAGCCUUGACCCAGGGCAAGCUACAUGAAGUUGGUCAUGAAAGAGAUUCCUUGCAGAGACAGCUCAAUACCGCACUUCCCCAGGAAUUUGCAGCACUUACAAAAGAGCUCAAUGUAUGCAGGGAGCAGCUGCUUGAAAGGGAAGAAGAAAUCGCCGAACUAAAAGCAGAAAGAAAUAAUACAAGGCUAUUGCUGGAACAUUUGGAGUGUCUUGUCUCCAGGCAUGAGCGAUCUCUCAGAAUGACCGUUGUAAAGCGACAAGCUCAGUCUCCAGCAGGAGUUUCUAGUGAAGUAGAAGUUCUCAAAGCACUAAAAUCUUUAUUUGAACACCAUAAAGCCCUUGAUGAAAAGGUAAGGGAGAGGUUACGAGUAGCACUUGAAAGAUGUAGCUUAUUGGAAGAAGAACUAGGUACUACACAUAAAGAGUUAAUGAUUCUGAAAGAGCAAAAUAAUCAGAAGAAAACACUUCCAGAUGGAAUGCUGGAUAUAAAUCAUGAACAAGAAAAUACCCCAACUACAAAUGGGAAGAGAUCCUCUGAUGGCUCUUUAUGCCACGACGAAAACCUCACUAAAGUGAUUGAACUUCAAGACAUCAUAGAUAAGCAAAACAAAGAGCAGACACAAAUGAAAGAGCGCCUUACUACUUUGUCUAGCAGAGUAACAGAGCUGGAAGAAGAUCUUGACACAGCUAGAAAAGAUUUAAUAAAAUCUGAAGAAAUGAAUACGAAGUUACAGAGAGAUGUACGAGAGACUAUGGCCCAAAAGGAAGACAUGGAAGAGAGAAUUACAACUCUUGAGAAACGCUACCUCGCUGCACAACGUGAAGCUACAUCUGUGCACGACCUCAAUGAUAAACUUGAAAAUGAAAUUGCCACUAAAGACUCCAUGCAUCGACAGAGUGAAGAUAAGAAUAGGCAAUUGCAAGAACGACUGGAACUAGCUGAGCAAAAGCUGCAGCAGACUUUGAGAAAAGCUGAAACUUUGCCAGAGGUAGAAGCUGAGCUGGCACAGAGAGUUGCAGCCCUUUCAAAGGCUGAGGAGAGACAUGGCAAUAUAGAGGAACGACUGAGACAGAUGGAAGCACAACUAGAAGAAAAGAAUCAAGAGCUGCAAAGGGCUAGACAGAGAGAGAAGAUGAAUGAAGAGCAUAAUAAACGUUUGUCAGAAACUGUUGAUAAGCUUCUGUCUGAAUCUAAUGAAAGGCUCCAGCUUCAUCUCAAGGAAAGGAUGGCUGCCUUGGAAGAUAAGAAUUCACUUCUUCGAGAGAUUGAACACUCAAAAAAACAGAUAGAGGAACUUCAGCAUGAAAAGGAUCAACUUGUAUUAAAUGUUGAAGCAUUAAGGGCUGAAAAUGACCAAGUCAGACUCAGAGCCACGUCACUUCAUCAUAGCCGGCAGGAUUUCAGAUACCCUAUGCCAUCUGCAGCUGUGGCCGACAGUCAUACGGACUCCUACAGCACCUCUUCUGUGUUAAGGCGUCCCCAGAAAGGCCGUUUGGCAGCUCUCAGAGAUGAACCUUCAAAGGUUCAAACUCUGAAUGAGCAGGACUGGGAGAGAGCCCAGCAAGCAAGUGUGUUGGCAAAUGUGGCACAAGCAUUUGAAAGUGAUGUUGAUGUGUCUGAUGUUGAGGAUGAUAGGGAGACUAUAUUCAGUUCAGUUGAUCUGCUAUCACCAAGUGGUCAGGCUGAUGCUCAGACUUUGGCCAUGAUGCUUCAAGAACAGUUGGAUGCAAUCAACAAAGAGAUUAGAUUGAUACAAGAAGAAAAGGAAAACACAGAGCAGCGGGCAGAGGAGAUUGAAAGCAGAGUGGGUAGUGGAAGUUUGGAUGCCCAUGGCCGGUUCCGGUCCAUGAGCUCCAUCCCUCCUCCCUACGCCAGCGGAUCACUUGCUGGUUCCUCCCCGCCCGGCAGCGGCCGCUCCACCCCGAGGCGGAUUCCACACAGCCCUGCUCGGGAAGUGGACAGGCUUGGCAUCAUGACACUGUCUCCAGCUUCCAGAGAAGAGGUACGAGAUGAUAAAACCACGAUAAAAUGUGAGACAUCGCCACCUUCUUCACCUCGAUCUUUGCGUUUGGACAGAGUCCAAAAAGGAGCUUUGCAUACAGUGAGCCACGAAGACAUCAGGGACAUAAGAAAUUCAACAGGCUCACAAGAUGGGCAAACAAGUAACCCUAGCAGCAGUAAUAGUAGCCAAGAUUCCCUUCAUAAAGCCCCUAAAAAGAAGGGGAUCAAAUCCUCCAUUGGCCGCUUGUUUGGCAAGAAAGAGAAGGGACGACCUGGACAAACAAGCAAGGAUGCGUUAGGACAAGGAGGCAUGGCAGAAGCAGAUAGUUCCUCCCAGGAUGCAUUAGGUCUCAGCAAGCUUGGAGGUCAGGCAGAAAAAAACAGGAAAAUGCAGAAAAAGCAUGAGUUGCUAGAGGAAGCCAGAAGACAAGGUUUGCCUUUUGCACAGUGGGAUGGACCUACUGUGGUUGUGUGGUUAGAGCUGUGGGUUGGGAUGCCAGCCUGGUACGUGGCUGCUUGCCGAGCAAAUGUGAAAAGUGGUGCUAUCAUGUCAGCCCUGUCCGAUACAGAAAUACAGCGUGAAAUUGGCAUCAGUAAUCCCCUGCACAGACUGAAGCUGAGGCUGGCCAUUCAAGAAAUCAUGUCACUUACAAGUCCAUCUGCCCCUCCCACCUCAAGGACGACCACGGGCAAUGUCUGGGUAACACAUGAAGAAAUGGAAAAUCUUACAGCCACACAACAAACGACGUUAGCAUAUGGUGAUAUGAACCAUGAGUGGAUUGGCAACGAAUGGCUCCCGAGUCUGGGGCUCCCUCAGUAUCGCAGCUAUUUCAUGGAAUGUCUCGUGGAUGCUCGGAUGCUGGAUCACUUAACUAAAAAAGAUCUGCGUGGGCAACUGAAAAUGGUGGACAGCUUUCACAGAAACAGUUUUCAGUGUGGAAUUAUGUGCCUGCGAAGACUGAAUUAUGAUCGAAAAGAACUUGAAAGAAAAAGAGAGGAAAGCCAGAAUGAAAUUAAGGAUGUCCUUGUCUGGAGCAAUGAAAGAAUGAUCCAUUGGGUAGCAUCCAUUGGUCUUAAAGAAUACUCAAAUAACCUUGUAGAGAGCGGAGUUCAUGGUGCACUUGUGGCCUUAGAUGAAUCAUUUGAUUACAAUGCAUUAGCUCUCUUACUACAAAUACCCACUCAAAACACACAGGCUCGUGCUGUUCUGGAGAGGGAAUUCAAUAACCUUCUUGCUAUGGGCACAGACAGAAGACUUGAUGAAGAUGAUGAUAAGAGCUUUAGGAGAGCACCUUCAUGGAGAAAGAAGUUUAGACCAAAGGACAUAAGAGGUUUAGCAGCUGGAUCAGCAGAGACUCUCCCUGCCAAUUUCAGAGUUACAACCUCAAUGUCUUCACCCUCUAUGCAGCCAAAGAAGAUGCAGAUUGAUGGUAGUGUAUCAGGAACACAAAGAUUGGAUUCUGCUACAGUAAGGACCUACUCCUGUUAAAGCCUCUCCUGUUUACCCACACUAUUUCUACCGGUGAUAUGCAGCAUUUUGAACAUUUGGAACCCUUAACCUGUUAAUACUUGUUAAAUGGACACUUUGAGAUAUUUUAUUACAGAGUUUUUAAUUAGCAAAUAAAUUCAUGAGUACUAUAGAGAAAAUAUUUUAGAAUCUAAAUGUUUCUUAUAUUUAUGUGACUUCUCAUUUAUAUAGUUACUGACUUUUUUCUGUUUCUAUUCAGUCUACGAAUCAAAUCAUUGCUGAUUCUUUUAAUUCUGAUUUUAGUCUUUCCAACUUGAAUGUACUGUAAUGCCUGUAUGUAUAUGUCCCUAUGAAUAAUAUAGGGGGUUUUUGUAAAUUAUGCUGUUACUGUAAUUAUCAUUGUUUUUUUUUUUUAAUAAUGAAAACUGAAGGUGAAAAGGAUUUUAAUACCUUUGUAAAAGUAUCACGACACCAAGCAGUAUAUAUUUUGUCUUUCGGAAACGUUUAGCUUAGAUCUGAAAACAAGCCCAGCUUUUUUUCAGGUAAGCCUACGUUGGUGUAGAAAGUGUGGUACAUGCUUGUCCUCUUUUUCAGAACUGUACCCUUUCCACAAGGAGGACUUGUCAAGUAGUAGGAAUUUGUCUUUAUUUAAAAGUGUAACUUGUUUUAAAAGCUGGGACAAACUAUAACACUACAGAACACGUUUUAGAAGUGACUGACUCGGUCAUAACACCCUGCUGUAUUUGUAUAGUGUAUCUUCACAGUGACUGAGAAGAAGCCAUAAACCAAGAACUGUUUGUAUGUUUUUUUUCUUAACUGAGGAAAAUAGACUUCAUAAUAAUUCCUGGCUGUAAUCCACAAGCCACAGAGAGGGGUGGUUUGUUUGGGGUUUUUAUUGUCCUAGAUAUUUUUGAUUGAAAACACUUGUGGAAAGAUGGUGAAACUAGUUUUAAUGGACCAAUGGUGAAGCACUGCAGCCUCAUGUCAAAUGAGUAGUGAACGAUGAAGGUACAAAUGGGCUGAAAACUAAAGCAGUGCAACUUCUAAUAAAGGCCUUACUUUUCUCAUGUAA